GUUUUAGAGCUUCCCGCUUCUGUAAUCUAACAAUCUAACAGGAUAACAGGAUAACAGGAUAACAGGUUAACGCUGUAAUUUUAACGUCAACGGUGGCUGGAGCUCGACAUCAACUGCUUCAUAGCCGAAUCAUAACCAAGCUUCUCAAUUUGGAAGAGCUAUACUUUUAUCCUCCACCAUACCUUUGGACCAAGUACACCUGCAGUUGAAACAUCAUGGAUCCCAGAGAAUCUUCUUCGUAUUCCAUCGUACCCAGAAUUCGGUACAACACCGUCAGCGGUGUCAAUGGACCUUUAGUCAUAUUGGAUAACGUCAAAUUCCCGCGCUACAAUGAAAUCGUCACCCUAACACUCCCUGAUGGAACAGAGAGAUCCGGCCAAGUCCUCGAGGCCCGAGGCAACCGCGCCGUCGUGCAGGUUUUCGAGGGCACGUCAGGCAUUGACGUCAAAAAGACUAAAGUCGAGUUUACGGGAGAGAGCUUAAAGCUGGGCGUAUCAGAAGACAUGCUGGGACGUAUCUUUGAUGGAUCUGGCAGAGCUAUCGACAAGGGCCCUAAAGUGUUGGCUGAGGAUUACCUCGACAUCAACGGCAGCCCUAUCAACCCCUACUCAAGAGUAUACCCCGAAGAAAUGAUAUCGACCGGUAUUUCGACUAUCGACACGAUGAACUCGAUUGCCCGAGGUCAGAAGAUUCCUAUCUUCUCCGCCGCCGGUUUACCUCACAACGAAAUUGCCGCCCAGAUUUGCCGACAAGCUGGCUUGGUUAAGCAAAAGGGGGCCACGAACAAGGGUGUGCAUGAUGACCACGAGGAGAACUUCUCCAUUGUAUUCGCUGCUAUGGGUGUCAACUUGGAAACUGCCCGAUUCUUUACCCAGGAUUUCGAACAGAACGGUAGCUUGGAGCGUGUUACACUCUUCCUCAACCUUGCAAACGAUCCUACAAUCGAGCGUAUCAUCACCCCUCGUCUUGCACUUACUACCGCCGAAUACUACGCCUACCAACUUGAGAAGCACGUUCUAGUCAUUCUUACAGAUCUUUCGGCCUACUGCGAUGCUCUUCGUGAGGUAUCUGCUGCCCGAGAAGAAGUGCCAGGUAGACGUGGUUUCCCUGGUUACAUGUACACUGAUUUAUCAACGAUCUACGAACGAGCCGGUCGUGUCGAGGGCCGAAAUGGUUCCAUCACCCAGAUUCCCAUCUUGACUAUGCCUAACGAUGAUAUCACGCAUCCCAUUCCCGAUUUGACGGGUUAUAUCACCGAAGGCCAGAUCUUCGUCGACCGCCAGCUCGACAACCGUGGUAUCUACCCGCCCAUCAACGUGCUACCAUCUCUCUCCCGUCUCAUGAAAUCUGCUAUUGGUGAGGGAAUGACCCGAAAGGACCACGGUGACGUGUCCAACCAACUCUACGCGAAAUAUGCCAUUGGUCGCGAUGCUGCAGCUAUGAAAGCUGUCGUCGGCGAGGAGGCCUUGUCCGCCGAAGACAAAUUGUCUUUAGAAUUCCUUGAAAAAUUCGAGCGACAAUUCGUCGCACAGGGCGCAUACGAACAGCGGAGUAUUUAUGACUCUCUAGAUAUCGCGUGGAGUCUCUUGCGUAUCUUCCCUAAAGAGCUCCUGAACCGUAUCCCCGCCAAGAUCAUUAACGAAUAUUAUCAACGUUCGUCUACGGAUCGAAAGGGAAAGGGGAAGGAGAGAAACGAUAAGGGUGUUAAGGACACAGAUGCACCAGAGGAGGAGAACCUUGUCGACGUAUAAUCAGUUAAACAACAGGGGGCGUAAGCGCGACAGAUGUGUAUAGGGUAGUCGUAUAUGGCGGAGUACAGGUUACUGAUCAGCAUUCAAUACAAUGGUCGUUCCAUUGAGUUUGGAAUUAUCAUGGAAGAAUAUAUUUACAUGAGCCAAGUCUUAUAAUGAGAUAUUGUUCAGCGCAUGACCCUAAUA